CUGAGAGGAGGAGGUGGGGACGGGACUGGCGUUACCAAACCUGAAGGUUUUAUUGACGGGAGCCUCAGUUUGGUCGCAGCCCGCUUCUUGGCUGUAAUAUUGGGACAGUGUGGAGUCAUGUAUCGGCGGCCGCUGCAGUCUGCCGUCAGAAACGUUAUUAAUGUGACAGCGUCCAGAGGCGCCCGCGGAAAGGUGUUGGAUCAAGAAGCCUGUUUUGCCAGAGCUUUAGUAUCUUGCCAACUGGCCAGAGUCUCCUCUCCCUGUUUAACACCAUGUCGAACACUGCACAUGACCACACAGCUCUACAGCGUGAAGGAGACGCCCAAGCACACAGAGGAAGAAGUCGGGGCCUUCACGAAGCUCAUUGAGGCCAUGGGCUUCACUGGACCUCUCAAAUACAACAAAUGGAAAAUCAAGAUUGCUGCGUUGCGCAUGUACACAUGCUGCGUAGAGAGAGUCAAUUACGACGAUUUCUUUGAAAAGUGCUCCCUCCCUGACACACUCAACUCUUGGUUCUUGGUAGCGCAGCUGCAUGUGUGGAUGUGUUUGGUCCGGAUGCGUCAGGAGGGUCGAACAGGGAAGUACAUGUGCCGUUACAUCGUCCACUCCAUGUGGGAGGAUGUGGAGCAGAGGAGCAAAAUCAUGGGGGUUGAUGCCAGCCAUAGAAAGGAAGCGAUGAAAGUGAUGACGGAGACGUUCUAUGCAGCAUUAUUUGGAUACGAUGAGGGAAUCCUGUCUGAUGACUGUGUGCUGGCUGCAGCUCUGUGGAGGAACCUGUUCAAUCGUGAGUGUGAAGACCCCCAACAGCUCGAGCUCAUGGUGGAGUACGUACGCAAACAGAUGCAGUUCAUUGACGCUCUGAACGGGGAGGACCUGCUGCUGACAGGCGAGGUGAAGUGGCGCCCUCUGGUGGAGGAGAACGCACAGAGCAUCCUGAAGGUGGUCACGCCCACGUACAACGACGCCGGACUGUGAGACGAAGAGACGGACUCCAGUUUCCUCUUAUCCAAAGUCCCCUUUUGACCUCUCCCCUCGAACACCCUCACUUUCCUUUUCCCACCUGUGUGUCUUUUUUUCUUUAUCCUACCUGUGAUCAUGCAACAUGCCCCCCCCCAACCCCUCUGUGUUCUUCUCUAUCGUAUAAGGAGAUGAUUUUAAAUUUAACAUGAAGUUUGUUGCUGUAGCUUUUUUCUUUUUUCUCCCCUUGUACACUUCUUCCUCUCCUUCUUUGCUUCCUCCUCUCUGCAGUGAUUGGUCCCUCUGUUUCUGGAGGUACUGUAGAGGCAGGAUAGACAGUCAGGGAUUUAUUCCACACACACACACACACACCUUCUCGUACACCCGUCAGUCAGCGAACCAGCCAGUCCUGAAACAAUUGCCAUCAUCAUCAUCCUCUUCCUCCUCCACUGUUGUCCUGUCGGUUUUGAGAGCCUCUGAUGUUUCCUCUCUGCAAACUGUUGAACUCGCUGUUGAGUGAAAAACACACAAGAGAACAAAACGCUCUGUAUUUAUAUUGUUCUUGUAUUUUUCCAUGAAUGCCACGCUGUAUUUAUAAAAUAUUUUGUAAUACCUCCGUGUUUACACGCUCCUCCCGCAGAGGUGUUAGCUAAGACUUCUGUCACUGUCCCUUCACUGUGCUUUCAAUAAAGUUUCACUUUGAAUUGGUGAUGUUAGGUUACAUGAAAAUAAUGCCUCUAGGAAACAAGUGUAAGAUUUCAGUGGGCUAAUGGACGUCCUCUGCUCGUCAGAGGUCUGUAUGUUUCUCUUGUCCCGUGAUGCUCUCAGACCCGAACAGGAAGCGACUCAGACGUCGUCACUGCAGUGAAAACGAUGAGAACGUUUUUAAAAAGUGAAUAAAUAAAAUGUUCUCUGGAUG